UCGGGUUUCUCCUUUACAAACAUAGAUUGUACAGCGUCAUACCUGACAAAUACUGCAAAUAAAAAAUAACAGUUACUGCUACAAGAUAUAUACUCGUAGCAACCAGGUUACGGCGUAGCGCUACGAGUCUACGAAAAAACUAUUCGAGCGCAAAAUGUGAGUACGUAGCAUUCAAAUGUUGGUAACGAAAAACUAACAAAGAAAAUGUUUCCAGUGAUUUAUUAAAGUACCUCACUACAAAUAUUUUGAGGUCGAAUCCUGAAAACACGUAGCUAGCCCGCAUAGCGGAAAUUUAUCCUCACCAAACGGCGGUCCCCACUUUGCGUGUAUACUGUAUGUAUAAUAAGACCGAGUAAAUGACAAUUUGAAUUUCAAAAGUAGGUAGAUAAGUUAAGCUCCGCGUGACUUGCGCAUUUCACACCGUUCUUCGCGAGCUUGCCGGCGUUGACGUUGACGUGUAUCAGUAUCGUUCUGUGCGCCGUGGGGGGCGGUCGUGUUGCUCCGAAACGUACGACCCUGACGUGUUAGUACGCGACCGUUCAUUAUAUAACCGUGUGCUGUUUGUUUUGUGCCAGCCCUAUUGUGACCAACGGAUGUAUUGAACUUUACGAAGAAUGCGAGCAUCGUGUUACACUCCUCAGUAACCAUGCAAAAGUGUUCCUCAGUCGCUCGAACAGUAGUGUGGGCUGACUCGUGAAAUGUGCGCAACAGUAUGAGCAGAGGUAGCUGGCUGGCGAUGGUGGCGGUGGUGGUGGUAGCGGGGGCGGUGCGGGGGUGGGACUGCGUGUGUAACCCCCGGGAGUGCGAGGUGCUGGAGCCAAGUGGGUGCCCUGGAAUGGGGAUCGUCGUUUGGGAUCCCUGCAGAUGCUGUAAAGUAUGCGCGAGAACGCUCGGCGAAGACUGCGGCGGGUUCAGUGGAACGUGCGAACCGGGACUCAAGUGUCUUGACGGGUCGUGCUCGCCGAUCACGUGAGCCAGCCCGACACACCCUGUAUUAUAUGUGUAUAGUGUUCAUAGAAACAGUACAUAUCUCUCACGUAGCAAUCGAGGACCAGGCGUUUAGGCAACAAGCUUCAUAUUGGGUGACAAUAAAUUGUUAAGCCUGUGGUUAGUAAGCACGGACAGAGAUGUAAAGUGUCGAUAUCGAUGUAUUAGGAUUCCUUUCAACGAACACUAAUUUGAUUUUAAUGCGAACUUCGAACGAUUUUAUCGAUAUGUCGAUAUUGCCGAUAGCUCGUUAACACCCAUUCAGAUGUGUUUUUCUUUUUUUUUCCUGAAAUGUAAAAUGUAGAUUAUGUACCCAUGUGCUUUUGUGUUUUGUUUUCUUUACGUGACACACGUUAUUUUGACGAGUAACCAAAACGUUAAAGUGUUGUAACGAACAACACAAUAGCUGUUGUGUUACAACUUUCUCUUUGAUACGUGAACACAAAAGGAAACGGGGUCGAAUACGUAAAUUUUAUAUAAAUAAAUCCUUAAAAUGUACGAACAUUGUUUUCCUUAGUGGUAAAAUAUCAUUUUAGAGAUAACCUGUUUAAUUUAAUGAUCAAAUUGAAAAUAACUGAAUAAUUAAAAUAUUAUUUUUGUU